UAGCAAAUUUAUGAUCACGGAAAGAAAAAGAGAACAAAAAAACUGGUCUUUGUGUUCAGUAAAGCUUAAUUUUGUGGGUAGUUUCUUAAAGCACAAGAUACCAUGACAAGCGUAUUGCGGAUGAUGAACCCUAAUCUGAUCAACGGAACAAAUCUCCACAAAGGAUCUCCGAUUUUAGUUAGAGCUGAAGAAAGCAAAAGACGAGUCCAAUGGAGAUUUUCAAUCAAGCAAGGAUCUUUAAGAACGCCACAAGCCACUGCUUCUUCUGAAGUGUCUUCCUCUACAACAGAGCCAAAGGCGAGAGAGUUCAAUACGACGACGUAUGACGACAAAAUGCUGACCAACUAUGUUCCUGUCUACGUCAUGCUUCAGCUUGGAGUCAUAACGAACGAUAACGUUCUUAAAAACGCAGAGAAGCUCAAGAAACAGCUCAAGAAACUGAAACAGAGUCAAGUAGAUGGAGUAAUGGUUGAUGUAUGGUGGGGAAUUGUGGAAUCAAAAGGUCCAAAGCAAUAUCAAUGGAGUGCUUACAGAGACUUGUUUGAGAUCGUACAAAGCUGCGGACUAAAACUACAAGCUAUAAUGUCGUUUCAUAGAUGUGGUGGCAACAUUGGAGAUGAUGUGAACAUACCAAUACCGGAAUGGGUUCUUGAAAUCGGGGAUUCGAAUCCGGAUAUCUUCUAUACGAACAAGAUUGGUAAUAGAAACAAAGAGUGUUUGUCUCUUUCUGUAGAUAACUUGUCUCUUUUCAGAGGAAGAACAGCUGUUGAGAUGUACAGAGACUACAUGAAGAGCUUUAGAGAGAACAUGGAAGAUUUCAUUAGCUCUGGAGUUAUAAUAGACAUUGAAGUAGGGCUUGGUCCUGCUGGAGAGCUUAGAUAUCCUUCUUACAGUGAGACUCAAGGAUGGGUUUUUCCAGGAAUCGGAGAAUUUCAAUGUUAUGACAAGUAUCUAAGAUUAGAUUAUGAGGAAGAAGUUAGAAGAAUCGGGCAUCCGGAAUGGAAACUUCCAGAAAAUGCAGGUGAAUACAACGAUACUCCAGAAGAAACUGGAUUUUUCGAGUAUUCAGAUGGGACUUACCUUAAGGAAGAAGGAAAGUUCUUCUUGUCAUGGUACUCAAGAAAGUUGGUUCUCCAUGGUGAUCAGAUUCUUGAUGAAGCUAAUAAAGUGUUUCUUGGGUGUAAACUCAAGUUAGCAGCAAAAGUCUCUGGAAUCCAUUGGUGGUACAAAUCCGAAAGUCAUGCAGCAGAACUUACGGCAGGUUAUUACAAUCUGGGAAACAGAGAUGGUUAUCGUGAGAUUGCGAGAAUGAUGCGUAGACAUCACGCUAUCUUGAAUUUCACUUGUCUAGAGAUGAAGAACACAGAGCAGCCAGCAAAAGCUAAGAGUGGACCUCAAGAACUUGUUCAACAAGUUUUGAGCUGUGGAUGGAGAGAAGGGAUUGAAGUUGCAGGAGAAAAUGCGCUUCCGAGAUUCGAUAGAGAUGGAUAUAACCAGAUUAUACUAAACGCAAGGCCUAAUGGGAUUAACCGAGAUGGUAAACCGAGAAUGUUCGGGUUCACAUAUCUUCGGUUAUCUGAUAAACUACUCAGCGAACCAAAUUUUGCAACGUUUAAGACGUUCUUGAAACGAAUGCAUGCGAACCAAGAGUAUUGUUCAGAGCCUGAAAUGUACAAUCACGAGCUACUUCCAUUGGAAAGAUCGAAAAACAAUGAAUCUUUGGAGAAGUUAAUGGAAGAAACAAAACCAAUUGAUCCAUUUCCAUGGUUGGAAGAGACAGACAUGAGUAUUAGACCCUUUGAGAGUGUAUUCUCUCUCUUGAGAAGCACAUUCUUGUGGAACAAUUCCUAGACUAUGGACAUAAUAUUACUGAGGUAAACAUGUAAUGUAAGUAAAUAAUUUGUUGACAAAAACAAAAUAUUCUUUAUGGUGUAAAUUUGAAGCAAUAGUUUUGUAUCAACUAUAUCUGUGAACAUGUCGGUUUUCGGAUUAGUGUUCAAACCACCACAAGUAGACCGA